AUGAGCUCCGCUCAAAUUCCUUCCGUUCAUGAAAUGUGGAGUGUCGCGAUACCUGAGAUGGCAUUCGACUAUGAGCCGCUUCUCCACACCUUGCUUGCUAUAAGUGCAGCACACCGCGCAAAAUUAUUGCCAGACCAAGAAAAUAAUCUACGACCUAUUCAACAUGCCUAUAUUGACUCAGCUCUUCAGGAUCAUCUCCCUAUGACCGCUCAUCUAGAUGGAAGUACCAGCGAAGCAGUCUGCAUCAAUGCCAUCAUGCUCUCCUUAUAUACCUUAUAUUUGAGGUCCGAGCCAUUCUCUAAUCCAUAUGAACCUCCACUCUUGUGGCUUUCCGUAUCACGUGGAGUCCGAACGAUAAUGAGGACCGUUUUUCAUCGGUUUGUCGAAUCAAACUCGAGGUUGAAUCCCUUGUUACUAGCGAAACCGAUCAUUUUCAAUCAAGGUAUGAGCGCUUUCCAAGGUUCCAAGAAACCAUUUCACGCGAUUCUUGAUUAUGAUCGAGACAAAGAAGACUUCGAUGAGAGGACACUCAGAGCCUACGCAGAAAGCAUCGAGUAUCUAGAAGGCAUGUAUGCAGCUAUGCAGUCAAACGAACCAAUUUGGGUUUUACGCAAAAUAUUCACCGCGUUUCCACCAAUGGUUCCUAGACGAUUUAGUGAACUUGUUGCUGAGAAAAGACCCCGUGCGCUUGUGAUUUUAGCGUACUUAUUUGCAUUGGGCAAAAGAGCGGAUGAUGUAUGGUGGCUUCAUGGGAUCCCUGAGCGAGAGGUUCGGGGAAUCAAUAGUAUUUUGCCUAUUGAUUGGCAGUGGGCGAUGAUCUGGCCACUCAACCUCAUUUCCGAUGACUCUGGCGCUAUAGCUCUAUCUGAGGGUUUCAGUCUCUCUAAUUAA